AUGUUCAGGUCAGCUUCGCGAACCGUUCUCCGCCAGACGCAUCGGCUCCGACUUGCCCAGCGCCAAGCAGGGCGGAGGUUCGUAAGCACAGUACCUCCGUCGCAGAAGUCGCGAAGUUGGAAAAGCACCGUUGCGAGGUGGGGUCUAGCUGCUGCUGCAGUGUACUAUUACAAUACAAGCACGGUGUUCGCGGAACAGCCUUCUCUCGCGCUCAAACCAGCUUCCGAGUCUGAAGAUGAGGAAUCCUCUCUGCCCACCAUUGAAUCAGUCGCUGCAGCUAAGAAGCGAAAAUCCGCCUCCCGAACUCCCGCCCCUUCAUCCCCACCAUCGCCAAAAUCCGACUCCAAACCCGAAGAAUCCUCUGAACCUCCCGCCCCAGAACUUAGCGGCGCCAUUACGGAGACUGAAGAGUCCGCUCCAGCUGACGUGCAGCCGCUUCAACUUUCUGCCUCCGAGCUUGAGCAGGAGGCUGACCAGGAGGGCGCAUUCAAUCCUGAGACCGGUGAAAUAAACUGGGACUGCCCUUGUCUAGGUGGUAUGGCGCAUGGACCAUGCGGCCCAGAAUUCAGAGAAGCGUUCAGCUGUUUUGUGUACUCUACGGAAGAGCCGAAAGGAAUGGAUUGCAUCGAUAAAUUCAAGAAUAUGCAGGAUUGCUUUAGACUCCACCCGGAUGUUUAUGGCUCCGAAUUGGAGGAGGAUGAAGUUGACGAACAACUUAAGGAGCAUAUCGCUGCAGAAGAAGCUCAGAAAUCUCAGUCUUUAUCUGACGCGCCAGUCGAUGCCGCCGUAGCUGAGAGCCAAGAAAACAGAGAAACCGAACUGGAGAAAAUCCAGCAAAUACCAGUCACAGAAGAGAAGAUCACAAAAGACAAGGCUAGCGAGCAAUAGUAUCCCCAGCUCUCCUGUCUCAUUCAUGAAGUUCCCUUGAUGCAAGCGGGUUGUUUUUCUUUUUUUAUCUGACCUCUCCAAGCUACCUCAUUCCAUUUGCCCCAUAUUUUCUUUUUUUUUUAUAAACUUCCUGUUCGGACAAAAUGUGUACUUCACACUGUACAAUACACUUGAAAUAGAGCUGGCAACAAAAGCGCUAUGGUGUUAGACUCUU